UGACGUCUCUUUAUUUUGAUCCAAAAGUUAGAAAUUUUUUUGGUAAAAGUCCUAAAAUGACGUCAUUUUUCUUGCAAAAUGGCAAUAUCGAGUAUAUUUGCACUUGCAAGGCCCUAAAUCCGAUCACAAAGUUGUAUUUUUGUCGUCACUGCUUGGAAUUGCGAUGCGGAAGAUGCGUUUCGAUCGAGGUUGACUCCCACUAUUGCUCAAAUUGUUUGGAGAACAUCCCCUCGUCGGAAGCGAAACACAAGAAGAACAAAUGUAACAGUUGCUUCGAUUGUCCGUCGUGUCAUCACACGCUUUCGGCGCGCGGAACUACCGUAAGUGUCCCGAUGACGGUUAAAAAGGAAGGCGAAACUGCCACAGACUCGCCCAGUGAGCCAAAAAUGAUCACGAAAAAAAUGUUCUAUUUGGCUUGUUUGGCAUGUCGAUGGACUUCGCGUGAUGCGGGGAUUCCCGAUCAAACUGUUGCCCAGGGAUCGUGGCCUGAACUCGAAAACACUCAUAUUAUCAGGUUUCAGUCAUUGGCGGAACACGCCCAAGCUGUUGUUUUGCAACGGAAGCAGGAGAAACAGGAUUACUUGAAGCGUCGAACUCAAAAACCUCAUAAAUUUCCGAGUUUAACGGAUCGUACAGGCUUGACAGCUUCCAUGAUUCGUCGCCAAGUCAAUUGGGGCGAAAAAACAUCCCAAAAAAUUCACGUUGAAAAAAUAAAUCCAAGUAUUGCGACUGAUGAAACCACUCCGUUGCCCGAAAGUAUCUUCACGGACGACAUCAAUCUCAAAAUGAUCACGACAAUUCAGCAGCGUCUCGCCCAGAUCCAACAACAACCGAUCACCGUCACAAAACUCUAUCCGCAACACAAAAGUCUCUGCAUUAAACGCUCCCUGCGAUGCAAAAGAUGCGAUCAUAACGUUUGCAAGCCGGAACUUAACCCAAACUCCAUUAAAUAUCGCAUCCAACUUUUCGCGGCAUAUCACGUGCCUGAAGUUCGUCUCGUGGAAUGCACAAAUCUCAAAGCUGGUGCCAAUUGUUACGUCAAACUAAAGUUCAUUAAUCCAACAAUGCAUGACAUGACGAUCGUUUUGUACACCGUCGACAUUAACACGGAGGAAGGAGUUUUAGUUGGCGUCGAAAAAGCCAAUGUCAAUGGAAAAAUUCAGUUCACGAAUGAACCUUUUGAACUUUUGCGUCGUGAUGAUUCGAUCGAUAUUGAUGAGGAAAAUAUUCAACGCGAAAAGGAUUAUCCGGAUUUUAUUGUCGCGAAAAAGGGGAAUCAGGUUACGGGACAUUUUCCGGUUUCGGUGAGCAAAGAGGUCAAAGAUGGAGAUGAGAUUCGGGUUGGAGUGACAGUUAAAUAUUUGUACACAAAUACCUCGAGUUUGGCGGAAAAGAAGGAAAUGUUAAAGCAAGACUUGAAAUUGACAGCUAUUGUGGCUUUGGGAAAAUAUCAAGGAUGAAAAAUUAACUCUCAGCAUUUUAACUCAGCUUUGUACUAAAUAAAUAAUGAAAUAAAUUAUUCCAUUAA